AUGUCUUCAUACACAAGCAGAUAUAGACCAUCCACACUUGGUUCGAGUGGCAUAAAUUAGAAUCAAGCAGCUACAACUUAAUCUAGCUUCCGAACAUAAGUGACAACAACUACAACAUCAUCGAAUUUGUCAGUACCACAAACGAACACUACAAGUACAUUUGAGAGAUCGGAAGGAAGAAGAUAAAGUACAAUUAAAGCACCACCUGCUACAGCGUAAAUAGUUAUUUAUACGAAGUGUUCAAAUGGCUCCACCAUCAGGUGAGAGAAAAUGGUUAGGAAAAUACCCAGAAGUUGUUUGUUUCCUUUUGGCUUUGGAAAAUGAUCGUGUAAUGAGAGAAAAUGAUGCUCUCAUCAAAAGAAUAAAGGAGUUGGAAAGCUAAAGUGAGGGGGGAGAUGUUAGAGUAAGGGAAUUACAAGCAAAAUUAGAUUAAGCAAAUAGAGAUAUAACGCAAUACAAAUCUGAUAUUGAUAAACAUUUAAUAAGAAUCAAGCAGUUAGAGACAGAGAUCGCUGAUUACAAGUCACGAUUAGGGUAAGUUGACAAUUCACUUGCUUAGAAGUUAAAAGAUGCUGAACGUAAGAUCACAGAUUAUGAAAGAGAUAUAAAUUAAUGGAAGAGCAAAUAUUCAACAGAUAAAUCAUCAUGGGAUUCAGAAAUGAAGAGACUACAAGAUUUACUAUCGUAAAGAUAGAGAGAAUUGGAUGAUUUGAAAAACAACUCAGGANUACUUUGA